AUGCUAAAAGCUAUACAGAUUCUUGGUCCAUCUUCAUCUGGGUUUGUUUCUCUUUCCUACAGAUUGAAGAGGAAGCCACAAGCAAAUUGUGACCUCUAUUUCUUAUCGAGAAAGCCCAUAAAAGCAUCAAAUUUAUCGUCAUCAAGAUCAAAAACACCUUCUUUUGCUUUUCGGGUUCGCAAAGGUCGCGCCUUUAUAGCUCCACAGAUGUCCCACAUUCAUUCCGAGGCAAACCCAUAUGGUGCUUCAUCUUCUUCAUCGCCUUCUUCCUCUACAUCCGCAUUAGUUCAAUCAACUGGCAGUAUUCGUAAGAUCAAUUUCUGCCAGUCGUGUGGUGGCCAAACAAAGCAUGAGAUACCUGAUGGGGAGGAGAAGACAAGGGCUAUUUGCACAUCAUGUGGAAAAAUUACUUAUGAGAACCCGAAAAUGGUUGUGGGCUGCCUCAUUGAGCAUGAAAACAAGAUACUGUUGUGCAAGCGGAAGAUUCAUCCAUCAUUUGGCCUUUGGACACUUCCUGCUGGUUACAUGGAGAUUGGGGAGUCCGCUGCCGAAGGAGCAAUUAGGGAAACCUGGGAGGAGGCAAAUGCAGAAGUAGAAGUUUUAUCACCAUUUGCUCAUUUGGACAUUCCUCUUAUAGGCCAAACAUACAUUAUUUUCUUGGCUAAGUUCAAGAGACCCCACUUUUCGCCUGGUCCAGAAUCAUCAGAAUGCCAGCUUUUUGCGCUUAAUGAUAUUCCUUUUGAUUCUUUGGCAUUUUCAUCAAUGCUAGUCACAUUACAACUGUACAUUGAAGAUACAAAAGUUGGAAGACCCAUGUUUCACUAUGGCAUCAUUAAUAAAAGGCCCGGUACAAGCCCUUCUGAGAUUCAUGCCUAUACUCUUGAUCAUCAUCUGAAAUCUUGA